AACGGUUGUGACAACUUUUUGAUUAAUUGAACGGUCGGUUGUCGGUGCCAACGCGGUCGCGUUCUGGUAAAACGCGCAAGAUUAAUUGGAUAAUUGAGGGUUUCGUUUUUCACAAUUAAACUGACCGCUGGUUGGCUGGGAAAAGAUUGAAGGACGUUACUUAUCGAGAGUUUUUUCCCGCGGCAAAAGCAAACGACGCCCUCGCGCCCGUCCACGACCCGUGAGGUUCAUUAACGUCGAUUAACGAGUUUUAGGAGAACAGGAGGCCGAUCCAGUCAAUUAAUAGACGUGCAAUCAUGUUACCGAGUUAGGUUCGUCAAUUCCGUCGCGACGCUACCGUAAACUUCUAACCGUGUAUAAUGAGAAUUUCAAUUAGGUCUGGAAUCCAUUGGGAUCCUCUGUUCAAGCGGUAGUCGUCAUUCUCGAGGGUAAACACGGACCACUCUGUGUGCCAUUUUGCUGUCCUCGGAAGUAGUUAACAAAUAUGCAUUUAAAUUUCAAUGAUUCAUUCCAAGCUUUUAGGAUGCAUGAAUCUCAUCGAUCAUUUUGUUUCCAAUGUCCAGAACCAACUGAGAGCAUGGCAAACAAUUUUCCAAGUGUUACCCAAGGAUCUUGGAGUUUACCUCCGUCUCGAGAUCCUUUGGCGUCGAUCGAGUAUUUAUCGUUUCUCGCGACCAAAGGAAAUCCGCAAUCUCGCAUUCAACGUUCCUUAACGCUCACCGCGACUUGCCGCGACGUUCGAAAAUAAACUCGGUGGGGCUAGUCGUUCGCUUCUAAUAUUAACUUCCACAACGAAAUUCGCUUUACCGAUUCCCAAACGAUUUUAUACCGCCACCGCAGGUAAUCGAAUUCUAUUCGGAACUCUUCGAUGCGAAUUCGAAGGAGCGAGGCUCAAAGUAAAAUCGAAACCGUGGAACACAAGUUCCAGCGGUGCGAGAUAAAACGCAGGGAGUUGCUUCGAGGUGGACCCAUCCACUUCUUGUUUCAAGAGAUGAAACAAACUUCUCUAUGUAUCGAUUCGAUAGCUGAAGGCAAUAGUGGAGAAGCUCACAUUUUUUAAAGUUCUUCAUCCUAUGAGUAUCCAGGAAUAUAAAAUCCUUACAAGAGAUUACAGACAAUUUAGCAUCUUCUUCGUAUCUCCGUCUACUAAUAUCUGAAAAAGAACUGAUAACACUAUAGCAGAGAACCAAUGUCAAAAUUUCAGGAAACUAAACUCCCCCAAAUUUGACCCUCCCUCCUUUAUCAUUCUCCCACAGGCCACUCGAGGCUCGAGGGUGACAGAUGAAGAAGAACCCCUGGCCAAAUUGCUAAUAAUUUCUUAUCAGGCCGUCAAGUGUCGAAGCAUUUGUCAGAGGGAAGUUCGUUAACCGGGACGACACUUGGGAAAUCGCAACACGCCGCGUCCAAAACUUUCCCCAAGCCUAACUUUCUUUCUCUCCUACACGACGGGACAAAGUUUCCGGGUUCUUGGAUAUGACGCGUCGAGGUCGCGUGACCAGGGGGUUGGAAAACAUCUCUGGGAACUCGCCUCGCGAUCCACUUGGCCCUGACGACCGUUUUGUUUUUUUUUUUUCUUAAUUUUUCUGGAGGAGGAGCCGCGACGUUAAUCGGAUAAAAAGGACGCCGCCCUCGAUGAUCCCUGGACACUCUUCGGGUUAUCGAGUGACGCCAAUGGGGAACGGACGGGUAAAAGACGAUGAGAAUUAGCUGUAAUGCUAUGGAAAUUGGAGCGAAGUGAACGACAUUGGUGAAGCGCAAAGAAACUGGCAACUUGGUGGAGCAUCGCGACGCUGGAAUAUCUUUUCGUCUUUGUUCGGCCGUUCGACGCUCUGUCCUGCGGGACGUUCAUCGUGGAAACUUUCUCCAAGUGGUGAAAUCGAGAGGAUGCGAGCUGAACAGAUUCGUGAAACAGAGUCCAGCGGAGAGAAUCGAUUUGCUACAUCGAAAUUUUCAAAAUAACCAGACAACAAAAAGCUUCCAAGAAAUCCCAUACAACAGCCUCGACGAUAAAUAACAGUCUACAAAAUGCCCAACUGCAGCAACCUUGAUUUCCUCACGGACGAAGAGUACAAGGAGUGCGUAUGGGACUACAUAUUCCCGAGUGCCCUGGAGUGGGUGCUGAUCGCGUCCCACGGCGUGAUUUUCGUCGCUGGAUUGCUGGGGAACGCGCUCGUCUGCAUCGCCGUGUACAGAAACCACACGAUGAGAACCGUCACGAAUUACUUUAUCGUGAACCUGGCGGUGGCUGAUUUUCUGGUGAUACUGCUCUGUCUUCCCUUCACCGUGGUGUGGGACAUCACUGAGACGUGGUUCCUUGGUCUGGCUCUCUGCAAAACCGUCCCUUAUCUCCAGACAGUGUCGGUGACCGUGAGCAUAUUGACCCUAACUUUCAUAUCCAUAGACCGAUGGUACGCGAUAUGCUUCCCUCUCGACUUCAAGACGACAACGGGACGAGCGAAAACUGCGAUCAUCGGAAUCUGGGCGGUAGCGUUACUAUUUGAUAUCCCGGAACUAGUGGUGCUCCACGUAACUCCGCCGAAACACCUCAGAGUGAAGAUGAUCGUGUUUACGCAGUGCAGCAUAUCUUGGAGCUCGGAGAGUCAAAUCACUUUUACCGUCAUCAAGCUGAUCUUCCAUUACAUUGGACCACUGAUCUUCAUGAGCGUAGCCUACUGGCAGAUCAUCAGGGUCCUCUGGAGGAACAACAUUCCUGGACAUAACUUGCCGGCACGGGCCUCGCAGUUGAGCCAAACUCCUCCUUCCGGAGGAGGAAAUCCCGAGGGACAGCUGAGAUCCCGACGCAAGGCAGCGAAAAUGUUGGUCACGGUUGUCAUCACCUUUGCCAUCUGCUUCUUCCCUGUCCACGUAUUCUCCAUUAUCAGAUACACCAUAAAGCUACCGUCGAGCAAGACGAUGAACUCUGUCACCCUAAUCAUACACGGCCUCUGCUACUUCAAUAGCGCGGUUAAUCCUUUGAUCUACAACUUCAUGAGCGGAAAAUUUCGAAAGGAAUUUAGGCGUUCAUUUCGAUGCACGCGAGGAAAUGAUUCGCGUUUUCAACGCGGGUACCUCGCGAGUUCAUCUAAUCUACCUAGAAUAAAUAAAUCUCGGACCACGACAACACGAAUAACAUCAAAAAAUAACAACAACGUUCAACGAAACACGGAGAUUAUACCGCUGAGCGCUAUAACGACUGAUCAACAAAACGAAAAACACGAGUGAUCGUAAGUACAUCUCGGUGAACGUGACUCUCAGACGCCCAGUAGGAUUCAUAAGUGUAAUUUAUUUACAUGUAAUUUCAACUGUAAUGGUAAGAUAUACGGUAAUCGAUAAUUACAUGAAAAGACGCUAUGUUCCAUUGGAUAGAAUUUAAAUAACAGAUGAAACUUGGAAAAUCGAUUGUAUUUUGUUUCCACUUUCGUAAAAAUUGGUAGACACUGGAAUUUUAUCCGAAUAUGAUGAUGUAAUAAAACAUCGAAUUAUUUUAAAUGUACUUAUUGCGAUAAUAAUAAUAGUUAUCGGUGGACAAGUUCGAAAUUCGUUCUCGCAAAGCGUCAACUAAAACGAUAGAUGCGCGUGCACGUUUGCACGUUAUUCUUUGUAAUCGAAUCAUCGUAUUCGUCAUCGUGAUCGUUAUUGUACCUAUCAUUUUUUAACGAUAUUCCAAAGGCGCUGAUGAAUCGUAUAUAAAAAGUUGAAUAAGAUAUAUCUAUGUAACUACUACUACUACUACUACUACUACUACUACUAUGUUAUAAAUAUAAUGCAACGUAAAUCUCGUACUGUGAACAAUAUUCCUAAUAUUUCACGUAAACUCAAUGGAACCUAUCUUUAAUUCACUAAUAUUACAUUUUCAUCACGUACGAGGAUUAUUUAACACAGGAAU